AUGCCCUUCAUCACCGUCGACGAUCAAAAGAUUCACUACAGACUCACCCCUGCAGUCCCCCAACCUAUUCCGGACGAUGAAUCGGACAGCGGCGACGACUUGAGUGGCGAGUUUGACGCGGAACUGUUGAUCUUCAAGACCAUACUGUUCAUCCCGGGACUGGGCGCCACCCGCAGCUCCUAUUCGGAUAUCAUACAGAGGGUGUCCAACAAGGGACACACGUGCCUGUCUUACGAUGUGCCAGGCUCCGGUCAGUCGACUUCCAAUGGACGCGAAACCAGCAUCGAGACAAUGUGCCGAGUUCCGCUCGCCCUGCUGAGGCACUUGGGCAUCCGGCGCGUUCUCAUCGUAGCUCACUCCUUGGGAACCUUGGUCGCAUGCGAAUUGGCUCUCCAUGUUGAAGUCUGGGGCAUUAUGAUGAUCGCACCACUCAACCCCCACCCCGUCACGAAAGAAAUAAUGUGUAUUCGGCAGCGAAUACUAGCGAGAUCGGGCCUGGAGGUCCUGGCAGACAAGGUGCUUAGCGUGACGGCGGAAUUCGCAACGGACGAGCAGAAAAAAUUCCUUCGAACCAUGAUGUUGUCGCACACCCCGGAGGUAUACGCUUCAUUGUGCCAAGCUCUCUACAAUGCCGAUCGACCGAGAUAUCCCGCUCUUAACUGCCCGUUGACAAUCCUUCGUGGGUCCAAAGACAUAACAUGCCACGCAGAUGUGUGCGAGGAUAUCUGUGACCGGUGGCAUCUUCUUGCCCCCAAACUUGUCGAUACCGUGCCUCAAAUUGGUCAUUGGCCCAUCGUUGAAGCCGUUGGACAAGUGUCGAACAGCAUCAUCGGAUUCGUCGAAAUGUCUGAGCUUGCUAUGUUAAGGCGUCACCCACAACUGCUGGCAAGAAUUGUUGGUCCAUCCCGUCGUCGCCGUGGGAAGUCCGCAGCAACCGACGCUUGA